AUGAACGCUAUCGGCUGCCUCGGCAGAUGCGAGUCUGCGCUGUACGACUACCCCCUUACCCAGAUGCAAGACAAAGUUGCGCUGGGCAGGGCGUUUAUGAGAGUGAAGCUGGUCAACCUCAACGAGGAGCAGAUUCGAACCGGCGCGGAUCAGCACCGUGGGUCUCUCGACGAUUGCUACAACGUGGAUCAGUACAAGGAGCUGCAUCACAACAUUCUUCCAGAAGAGACUUUUAAGAUCUACGUGCGGAGCAAGGAUUUUCCAUCACAGGCGCUGUGGAGGGUUCUCGCCGUGAAGGUCAUGAUUCAGCUGGCGCACCAGGUCCUGGGAAGUGGGGUCUCUAUUCGGAAAAUCCGAUUCGCCAACAUGUUCAUCCGCAUGUGCCGCAGCAGCACCCGCGUAAAAGGGAAGAUGGACCUUCCUGUGCUCGUCAUCGCCUCGAGGAAAACAAAGACCAACCUUUCGAAUAACCUGACACAUCAGUAUCUGGCGAGGCACAUCGACUGGCAGCUCUGCGACGUUGGCGGGGUUUUCUUGUGGAUUCAUUGGCUCUACGAUCUCGUCCCGACUAGAUACGGAAAAGGAGUUGUACCUCGUCUCAUCUUUCGGAAGCCGCGUAAGUGGACCAAGAAGCACAUGUUCUUUGGCAUAAGGAAGCCGAAUGACCCUGGUCCGCAGCCGCAAGACGAGAUGAAGUACAAGACUCACAACAAAUGGAUCCGCUGGGUCAUGAAACAGGCAAAGUGGAUGUUCAGCAAGGUGACCCACAUUUUCAGACGAUCCGGGGCGCAGGGGCUGAGCGACGACCAUUGCUCAGAUGCAGACAUUGGCGCCCUGGGUGGGUGGGAGCAGGGAGAGAUGCGGAAGGCGUACAUUAUUGGAAUUCCUUUUCAUCCGAUGCUUAUGAUGGCUGGAUUCACCAGAGCUCAGGGAGAUUACUACAUCGGCAGAGCACACGCUGUUCUCCCAGACAAAGAGGAGUGGAAAAAGCUGAAGAAGCUUUUCAGAAAGCACAUCUUCCCCUGGGCCGAGAAGCAGUUGAAAAAGGGCGAGCACGAGAAAGCGAAGCUCCUCACAGAGAACCAUUGCUUGCGGAAGCAGAAUGGGCUGAAGGACGUCCGCAACGCCGAGCUUCAGGCCCAAGUGCAUGACCUACAGAGCGACAACAAGAGUCUCCUAGAGCAGCUGGCGCAGCUCAAGGCCGAGUUGGCCGCUCUCACGGUUUCUUCUGCGGGCAACUUUGGCGCCGACAAGUCUGCCGCAAGAGUUGCGGGCACCUCGAAGAUGGAGAAAGGUGGAGCUGACCCAUCAACCCCAGAGCCAGCUGCACCUACACCAGAUAUUGUCUACUUCGACAGUGUAGUGAGGCCGUGGCGUGACAGCACCACAGUGGCAGAUGCAUGGGCGCUGUCGAACAAGUCUAGCUUCUUUGUGGAAGGCCGAACACUGCGUGCUGUUGCAGAGAACGCAUGCUUUAUCGUUAAAUGGGCUCAUUUCAAGAGGGGUGAGGAAAUCGAGGAAGAGAAAGGCAAGUUCAAACCCACCGUGCGUCUUGAUGCCAAGGAUGGCACAUGUGAAAAGCAGCUGCGUCGCAUCCACAAAGCUAUGUUAGCGGUGGAAAAGUUCAGGGUGGACGACUCGGUGGAGGCAACGACCGAGGCGGUGAACGUGCUCGAUGAGGUGCUGUUCCAGACUUGUCCCACUACGUUCGCAGAUGGGCUUAUCGUCAAGGAUAGGAGGGGCGCGAAGAGGCAGCGAACAUCGACGGCUGGGGGGAAAAGCCUGACGGACGAUGCGCAAGAGAGGGUUUCGUAUCUCCUCGUGUUUUAUGGUCUGCGCGACGACACAUGGGGGGAAGAGCUCUUCGGCAAAGACCAGUGGAAGACGAUCAAGGACGAAGAGUCUAAAAAGCCUUUGAAAGAAAGGCUUGGCGCGUGA